AUGGUGCAGGUCUUUCCAAACAAGAUCGUCAUCAUGAGCGCACGUGAGAAUAACACCCAACAGCGAGUGGAACACGAGCUUCUGGCGUCCCCCCUGGUGUCGCGAUCCCCGUCACCGGUCAGCGAGGCGGACGAGGAGUCCACCGGGGAGAUCUCGGACGUGGAGCUGCCGUCCGAGGAGGAGGACCCAGGCGCAGACGCGACGGAGAUCGCAGAGGUAGUCGCCAUCUCUUCCGACGAAAGUGGGCCGGAGGACGCGAGUGAGGAGGAGGAGGAGGGGACGGAGACCGUCAGUCUCGAGGUGUCGUCGGACGAGGACGACGUGGCGCGGCGAGCUGCGAGGGACAGGAUGAUCUUCCGCCGAGUGGGCUCGUAUAUUGGAGGCGCGGGCGGUCACUGUCCGCCAAUGGGAGGCCCGGCGGGCGGCGAGGAGUGCAGCAGUCGCCGCGUGGCAGCAGAGGCUGAGGGACGCCGAGGCCGAGGAGGCCGCACUGUGGGAGCCGCCGCAGCCGCCGCAGGGCAGCCGCAGCCGCCGCUGUCGGCACCGCAGUCGCCACCAGCAGCGCGGCCGCCGCCGGUAACGCAGCCGCCGCUACCGCCACCACGAUCGCCGACGCCACCACCACCGCCGCCACCACGAUCACCGUCACCGCUGCCACACUCGCCAACACCACCACCAUUGUCGCCGCCGAGGCAGCAGGAGUGGCACCUGCCACAAGCGCAGGUCGCGCAAGCGCUGCGGACCAUCGUGGUGGAGGGGCGGCGGUGUCAUCAGCAGACGGUCACGUGGACGUGGCCCGCGCCCGAGGAGGCAGCAGAGGAGGCCAGGAUGAGAGAGGCCAUCGAAGCCAUCGAGUGGCGGCGCCCACCGCCGCUGAGCCCGCGCGAUCCGAGGGCCAGGUCGACGAAACGCGUCGCGGAGACGGCCGAUCGCGCGGGGCUGGAGGUGACGACCGAGGAGGAACGUGAGGCCCAGGAGGGGCUGGAGAAGGGGCCAUGGGAGUGGCCAACCCCGCCGGAGACGUCGCGGGACUCGGCGCCACCCCCGAAGCUGGCGCGGCAGACUUCGUGCCCGGAGUCGCGAGCCCCACCGGCGAGGCCGACGCUGCGGAGACAGCAGUCGGAGGGCGCGGAACCGUGGGCGGAGGUUCCGGAGGCGGAUUGGCCGGCGCGGGUGGCCGAAGAGGCGCAGCGACAGCGAGGGAGGCAGAGGAAGGCCAGGUGGGCCAAGCUCGUGCUGGAGGAGGGACAGCGCUACCGAGUCAAGGUAGCAGGGGGCCGGGUGCGGGUGUUUAAGGCCCAAUAA